UGGGCAACCUGGUCUGCAUCAUCGCGCCUCGAGUUGGUAAAGCUAUUUGCGGCUAAAGGUGGUUACGAAACAUCGAAACGCAGUAUCGAGGCGACAGCCCGUGGCUCUGGUACGAUCCCGACGGUCGUUGUGAUUGUCGAGGGUGCCUACGACCUGAGCCCAACGUGCGAACGUGUAGGACAAGUGUGGUGGCAGCGCCAAGCACGGAAAGGUUGUUGGAGACGUUUGGUGGUCCACCCAUUCAACGAUGGACGAGCUGCAAGAUGCCAUUCAGGAUGCGCAGUACAUAGGGGCGAUGGCAGACCCGAGACCACGACCCACCGUGCCGUUUCACCAGCCAUCGCCGCAAGAGCUGACCGAGUUCACAGAAAACGUUGCAAGCCACCACUGGCCCACGAUGGAAUCGUAUUUAUCGCAGCCCUUGGGGCUGUAUCUCUUUCGUCGGUACUGCGAAGCAGAAGCCCACGGCAUCGAGAAGCUCUGCUUUCUUCAAGACGUAUACGCAUAUCGCCGCAUUCCACAACACAAUCGACGAGUCCUCAAGGCAAAGGCCAUCUAUGCCACAUACAUCCAUCCACAGACCGCGACCACGUUAUCGUCGACGGACCCGCCGACCGCUCCACCGACCACCACCUCUCCGGGAGUUGGUGCUGCUCCCUCCGCGACUAUUGCCCUCAAGACCCACCCCCUCCUGGCGUCGACUAAGAAUCCUGGCGACACCAACUACGCAUGGAAGCAGGAGUCGUCCAUCUCGAUGACUACCGCUCGGGAAUUGUACUGUACGUUCAAGUGCGAGGCCGCCCUCCUCGGCGUCCGUGGCGACCUGACGGAAGACAUCGGAAAACAAUUGGAAGAUGCGAAUCUGCUGAGCGGAUCCGCCACCUCGACGCUACCGCUGACGUUAUUCGACGAGUUGGAAGCGUGUGUUGUGAGUGCAUUGGAGCACCACCAGAUGGAAGGGUUCAAAGCAAGCGCAUUCUUCAAGCGGUUUAUGCACUUUUUGCUCAUCCAGCAGCGCGAAAUCGGCGAAGACGACUUUAGUUUGCUGCGGGUAUUGGGCCGAGGCGGCUUCGGCAUGGUCAACGGCGCGAUCAAGCGGAGCACAGGCAAGCUAUACGCUAUGAAGGCCAUGAACAAACGCAUCAUCAAGAAAAAACACGCGGAGAAGCUGUGCCUGGCCGAGCGCGCCAUCUUGACCAUGCUCAGUUCGCCGUUCGUCGUGUGCCUCAAGUAUGCAUUUCAGACCAAGGAGGACUUGUUCCUGGUCCUGGACCUUCGCACGGGCGGUGAUCUGAGCUUUCACUUGAACCGCGGCCGGUUCACGGAGGAGCAAGUCAUGUACUGGUCUGCCCAGAUUCUGCUUGGACUCCAGCACUUGCAUGAAAAAAACAUUGUGUACCGCGACUUGAAGCCAGAAAACAUCCUCCUCGACGACAAGGGCAACUGCAGCAUCUCCGACUUAGGCCUGGCUGUCGAAGUGACUCCGUCGUUGUGUGGCCGAUGCGGCACGCGUGGCUAUUGGGCUCCCGAGAUGCUGCUCCGGGACGAAGCGGGGAAUCGGCUGUGCUACAACCAGACCGUCGACUGGUGGAGCUACGGGUGUGUUGUGUACGAAAUGCUGUACGGCAAAUGUCCAUUUCGAACGUCCAAGGCGAAAGCACUGCACGCCGACAAGCAAAAAGCGUACGACAUGGCAACGUUGGAACUCACGCCGUCGUACGACCCCAAGUAUUUCUCCCCCGAAGCGACCGAGUUGCUGCAGAAGCUCCUCAUUCGAGAUCCGACGAAGCGGUUGGGGGCCCGCGGCGCGGACGAAGUGAAAAAGAUGAAGUUUUUUGAAAGUGUGGACUGGGUUCAGAUGGAAAACAUGGCGAUUCCGCCGCCGUUCGUGCCCGAACGGGACAUCAAUGCCGCGUCACAGGCAGACAUUGGGUUCUUCGACCCGUCCGUGAUCCAGGGCGUCAAGCUGUCGGAUUCGGACCAAGACUUGUACAAGGACUGGCAUUUUUGCAGUGCGACAGCAUUUCAGAACGAGAUCGUCGAGUUCAUGGAGUGGGAGGUGAAGCAAGGCCCCAUUACACUUGUCACGCACACCAACACGUGCUGCAACGUGUCAUGAGAGUUCCCAUGGCUGCCGUCGACCACAGGUCAGCCGUGUAGACAGAGUUAGAGUCCUAAAUUAUCCAAGCGUUGAUGCCCUUGGCUGCAC